UGCCAGGAACGAGAGGGUUAAAACGGGGAGGGGAUCAUGCUGGGAGGCUGACGUAUCGAGCACAGUCAGUGGAUAACUGGGUUGCAACAUCAAUAACAAUCGUUAUAAUAAAGCUGGAUCAUCGGCGUUGCAUGCGUUUAAAUACAGGAAUCCCGCAGGCUUAUUGAAUGCGAUUGGUAUGCAUUUUCACAACCCUAGUAGAACACUGCAAACAGGAAAUUCUGACUCAUAUUCGUGGUUUCGUUAUCUGUAACGAGGGCGUUACAGGAAAGAUGCCUUGUCCAUCGGUGAGUGCCGUGCGCGAUCGCAGAUGAUAAAGAAGGGUGCAUUUUGCACAUGUAGAUAUAACACACGGCUUAUCGUGUUAUAGUUGGAAUAACGGUGUAUAGGAAAAUAUCUAUGACAAAUGGAGUAGAACAGAUGCUAAAAUGCGAGGUGCCCGGUCUAUUUGCGCAGGUGGAUCACCAACCUGAUGUUAACAAUCGCGUUUCUCCCCGCGUCUGCCGGGUGGGUAUGCUGUGAAGCUGGUUGUGAAUACCGGGACUCGAGUCAUGCUUCCCGGGGUCGGCGUGUUUGGCACCAGCUUGACCACGCGGGUGAUUAUCCCGCUUUUGAAGAACGAAGGAUUCGCCGUCAAGGCUUUAUGGGGACGGACUCAGGAGGAAGCCGAGGAGCUGGCCAAAGAAAUGAACGUACCGUUUUAUACCAAUAGAAUCGACGACGUUUUGCUGCAUCAGGAUGUGGAUUUGGUGUGUAUCAACCUACCUCCACCUUUAACGCGGCAGAUUGCUGUCAAAACAUUAGGUAUUGGUAAGAACGUGAUCUGCGACCGCACCGCCACCCCCCUGGAUGCCUUCCGCAUGAUGUCGGCCGCCCAGUACUACCCCAAACUGCUGAGCGUCAUGGCUAACGUGCUGCGCUUCCUGCCCGCCUUCGUACGGAUGAAGGAGCUCGUGGAGGAGGGCUACGUGGGGGAGCUGCUGGUCUGCGAGGCCCAGGUCCACAGCAGCAGCCUGUUGGGUAAGAAGUACAACUGGAGCUGUGACGACCUGAUGGGCGGUGGGGGGCUGCACUCGGUGGGUACCUACAUCAUCGACCUGCUCACCUUCCUGACGGGCCAGCGGGCGGCCAAAGUGCACGGCUUCCUCAAGACAUUCGUCAAGCAGACGGCGCACAUCUGUGGCAUCCGCCAGAUCACCAGCGACGACUUCUGCACCUUCCAGAUGGUGCUGGAGGGCGGUGCCUGCUGCACUGUCACGCUCAACUUCAACGUGCCCGGCGACUUCCGCCAGGAGGUGAUCGUGGUGGGCACGGUGGGCCGGCUGACGGUCAGCGGCACGGACCUGUACGGCCAGAAGAACACCAUGGAUGGAGGGCCGGAGCUACUUCUGAAGGACAGCACCCCUCUGGAGAAGGCCUCCCUACCGGAGAAGGCUUUCAGCGACAUCCCCUCACCCUACCUGACAGGAACUAUUUGCAUGGUACAGGCGGUGCGGCAGGCCUUCGAGGACCAGGAUGACCGGCGCACAUGGGAUGGAAGGCCGCUGACUAUGGCGGCCACCUUCGAGGACUGCCUGUAUGCACUGUGCGUGGUGGACACCAUAAAGAAGUCCAACCAGUGCGGCGAAUGGCAGAACAUUGAGGUGAUGAAAGAGGAGCCCGAGGUGAGCCCGGCCUACCUGAUCAGCGAGGCCAUGCGGCGCAGCAGGAUGUCUCUCUACUGCUAGCACUGGCACCAAAAUGGCCGACUGGUGCUAGAGACUGGGGGUGAGAGAGUGCCCUCAUUGGCUGGCUGUCUGACCAAUAGGGGAUAAGGGUCCUGUUUCGCUUGUCUCCAAAAUGAUGUGAACAGUGAUGAACACUCCUCUCUGUCCUCUUUUCUGGAUGAAUAAGCCACACACUGUGGGUCUGAGAAAGGGACGCCGUUUGUAUGGAUGCUAGACUCGGGGUCAACAGAGGGGUUUUAUUGUACCUCCUAGAGAGGUGAAUGUUUAAACCACAGGGGGCUUGAAUGGUUCAGUCCCUGUCUCAGUGUAUGUGUGCUGUGUAUGAGUGUGAAACCGGAGUGCAAAAAACGCCUGAAAAAUCUAUAGUUUGGCUGGUAGGGCUUUUAGUGAGGGGCCCCCCCUCUGGUAAAGUGUGCAAUAAAUCCUGCCAGAGCUGCAGGCUCGUGGAAUUAUGUCAUCCUGCCUGAAUCAAAGGGAAUACCCUCUUUGCCUGCUUCUCGUUUUUGUAGUAACGUCCUUAUGCAAUAGACAGACGCACAGUCUGUGGAUGGCGACUCAAUCCCGUGCUAUGCUGUGAGUAAAGCCAAGUGUUUUUCUAUCUCAAGGUCAUUCCCGUUGCUUAGCUAGCCAGCUAGGUUAGCAUUUUGCAUGCGCUAAAGCUUCUUACACAAUAGCGACAAUGUAGGUUAAAACAAUCAGUACUAACCUCUGGGUUAGUGCACGGAUGGGACACUAGCAAGCAUCAAGCCUCCGGAUAAACAGCCUUUAAGACUCUCACUAGGAAUGCUUUGCUUGAUUACCGGUUUGUGUGAAUAUGUAACUUCGUGCUGCUACCUGAAGUACAUGAGUUCAUUCGUUUUUUUUUGAGAGAAGAGCACUGAUGGUCAUGUCACUAUCCACACAGGUUACAGGGGAGAAUGGUAGUAGCACAAAUUGACCUACAAGCCAAAACGCUGUAUUUUUGUAUUUCAGUCAAGCGCUAUCUUGUUGUUUUCCCAAUGUUGAUUAUGCGAUGUAGGCUUAUGUCUAUAGUCUUGUAUAAAACAAAAAGUGAAUUGUUUAAAAUUAGUCAUGAUAUAAAUGUACCGUUUUUUUUGUAUUUUAUUUGUUGUUAAAACUGCGGUGCAAAAAGACUGGAGCAUGUUUGGAUGAACGCACUGUCCAGUAUAAAAGUAUUCAUUUUGUGUUUUGGACUGAUCCGUACGGGGGGGGGGGGGGUCUAGUUAGUGGGAGACUGGUGAGGUGAGAGGCCUUUUGAGCAUUCAGCUCCUACGUGCGUUGGUCCUGUCUGUGGGAUCUCUGAGGAAAAUGACUAUUUUGGUUGGAGUUAUAGAAACCUUUUUGAAACGUGUGGUCCUCAUUUGUAUUCCAUUUUUGAUAGGUGCAGAAAAUCUAUCAACUUCCCUUAGGGCUCAACAAGCACACUUUGUUUGGGCUCAACAAGCACGCUUUGUAGCUAUUCAUCUGUCCAGCCAGUCACCCAUUGGGCACACACUGGUUGAAUCAAUGUUGUUUACCACAUCAUUUCAAUGAAAUUACUUUGAACCAACAUUGACUUGACAUCCGUGCCAAGUGGGAUGCCUUCGCCUAUUCAAUGAAACCCGGGACUGUGAUAUUGAUUUAGAAUUUUGGUCGAAGUUCUCAGUUCUGGACAUUCCAGGGCCUAUAUUCACAGGGUGUCUCAGAGUAAGAGUGCUGAUCUAGGAUCAGGUCCUCCCCGUCUUAUUCGUUAUGAUCUGAAAGGUAAAACUGAUCCUAGAUGUAUUGUGAAUACGGGCCUUGGUCUCAUAAAGAGUUGCAGUGUAAGAAUCCCUGUUGCAUGUUGGCCUUUCCGAUCGUCAGUACGCGAGAAGGAGAGAUUCAAGAUCCAGUCUUGGUAUUAUGUACUUGACCAUCCUAAUUCUUUAUCCAAUUCUCAGUUAGUCCCCUCUGUUCCUAAGCCGGGUCUAUGACCUUGUUCCAAACCAUGCACCUCUAAAGCUGCAACCAGAGAGGAAGUCUGUGAGGAUUCCAUUUUGAGGCCUUUUAGGGACGAGGUAUUAGGAACUAUGUUUUAGUCCCCAGUCUUCCAGUCCAGGAUGGAGCCCGAUUCGCUUUGUUAGAUCAAAUCAAACCAUUGAACGUGACAGCGCUAAAUCAGACAUCUUAUCAGCAUCUAUGAGUCCGUUCAGCGGUUUGAUCCGGCGUAUUUAGCCGUAAGCUAAACAUCUUGACGAGGUGCUCUAGAUGCCAUUUCCUUCAACAUUUUUUAAGCCAGUUGAUGAAAAUUGAGUUUGGGUAUUUAAGUGGUUGAAUAUAUAAUGUGUGAAAUUAGAAAUUAAUGUUGUGGAAGAUUUCAUGCAUUUGGUGUCCCUCAACAGGUUUGCAUUUGGUGUCCCUCAACAGGUUUGCAUUUGGUGUCCCUCAACAGGUUUGCAUUUGGUGUCCCUCAACAGGUUUGCAUUUGGUGUCCCUCAACAGGUUUGCAUUUGGUGUCCCUCAACAGGUUUGCAUUUGGUGUCCCUCAACAGGUUUGCAUUUGGUGUCCCUCAACAGGUUUGCAUUUGGUGUCCCUCAACAGGUUUGCAUUUGGUGUCCCUCAACAGGUUUGCAUUUGGUGUCCCUCAACAGGUUUGCAUUUGGUGUCCCUCAACAGGUUUGCAUUUGGUGUCCCUCAACAGGUUUGCAUUUGGUGUCCCUCAACAGGUUUGCAUUUGGUGUCCCUCAACAGGUUUGCAUUUGGUGUCCCUCAACAGGUUUGCAUUUGGUGUCCCUCAACAGGUUUGCAUUUGGUGUCCCUCAACAGGUUUGCAUUUGGUGUCCCUCAACAGGUUUGCAUUUGGUGUCCCUCAACAGGUUUGCAUUUGGUGUCCCUCAACAGGUUUGCAUUUGGUGUCCCUCAACAGGUUUGCAUUUGGUGUCCCUCAACAGGUUUGCAUUUGGUGUCCCUCAACAGGUUUGCAUUUGGUGUCCCUCAACAGGUUUGCAUUUGGUGUCCCUCAACAGGUUUGCAUUUGGUGUCCCUCAACAGGUUUGCAUUUGGUGUCCCUCAACAGGUCUGCUGACUAAUUUGUACAUUUUAAUUUAAUGUCUUCAUGCAAUUUUAUCAUUUUUCUUUUUAUAAAGCGAACGUUUCAGGUCACAGCCAAUGUUGGUUAAGUUCUAUGAUAAAAUGGACAACUGCUGUACCACCAUCAAACUGCAACAACUGAGAUUUUAAUAUUGUAGUGUGUGUGUGUGUGUGUGUGUGUGUGUCCUACCCUUAGCGCACUGUAGAUUCUCCUUUGACUGUACGCCCCCUUCUCUGCGGGACUGUGGUAUGACAAAAGAAAAGACGAGUCAUAUUGCCAAUUCCUUAUUGUCAUUGCCUGUGGCUUAGGGUGCAUCCUCUUGGCAAAAAAAAAGACACUGUAAACAGGGGGGAAGAUGUUAGUUUAAUAUGUUACGUUUGUUUGUUUGUUCGGCUUUGUUUGCUGAAAUGUGAAUAUUUGAGAUAUUCUCCGUGCUGUGCCAACAUUUUACAAACAACUUAGGGAGAUGGGGGGGUCCUGAUUUAAUAUAGAUGGUAGUCUAUCUCAGUGGGAUUUAGAUUAGAUAGAUUUUGGGAAACAAAGACUUUAGAAUGUGGUUUGGAUACAUGACCCCCCCCCCCCCUGCCUUUGGUACUCUAAGGGGGGUCACUCUGUUCAUAAUGAGAAGCAACCUCAGAAGGUGGUUCUUGUGCACCCUCAGUUCGUCACCUAGUAACUGUGGCAUCCACUGUGCCAACACUCGGCCAUCUUGGAUUUCUCUCCACUUUCUCUCGUUUUCUGUUUGUCUCUCAUUCUCUCUUACCCCCUCUCUCUCCCUCCUCGUUCUCUCUCUCAGCCUGAAGGACAAAUUGACUUGGUGUCUCUGCAGACCCCUAAUAGCUUAUUCAUUAAACUCACCAUUCACUCACAAUUGUUUUUGUUUUUUUGACUUUUAAACUGUAAGAUGAAAUAUGGAAUUGAUAGAUUUCCCCCACAUUCCUCUCACCAUACAGUGGCCCCUUUUCAUUAUGGCACAGACGAAGCAACCACUGGUCAAGGAAGCUUACAUUGAGCCUCCUUACUUUGGUGAAAAUAUAAUGAUUGUGGUUGAUUUAUCAUGAUGGUCAUUUUAGAUUUUAAGUCCAAUGUCAAUGAUGGCAGUAGACUAGAGUCAGAAUAGCUGUUUGUUGGGUGACCAUUUACCCUUCACACUGGGGAAACGCUGAACCCUAAACCUUGCCCUAGUGUCCGUUUCCUUGACUACAGGCUGGAGUGGCAGUUAUUUGGCCCAAUAGUCCCAGACUCCCGGCCCCUUCGUUUCCUGGGAGGAGGUCAGAGGUGAUGACUGCUGAAAAGGGCAACACACACACACACACACACACACACAGGAACCCUCCCUCAACAGGUUUGUAAAUGCUGGUACAGUAAAUAUAAUUGCUGAAGGUAAUGUCCAUCUUGAUACUGUAUUGACGUUUGCUGACUCUUUAUUGUACUGUAUGUGUAUUGUGAACGCAUGGAUCUUUUGGUAUAUAUUGAACCAACCGUCUCAUAUUGAUCUUAAACUAGAGAAUGUAUUGUAGGAAUGAUCUAUUUUCUAUAUAUCAGAAAAUGACCGUUGUGGUUUGGGAGUUGGGUUGACGGGGAGGGGGGGGUAGGGUGGGUGUCAGUAAUAUGUCCUCUUAGUUUGUUGUAUAUGGAAAGGCUGUGAAUGGAGUCCCCCUUAAUUCCUUAGCCUGGCUCUGUGUCAGUGUUCUACUGUUUGAUCUCCCCGCUCCAGUACUUUGCACCGCUACUGUGUGUUACUAGUAAGAGAAAGUGUGUGUGUGUUACUAGUAAGAGAAAGUGUGUGUGUGUUACUAGUAAGAGAAAGUGUGUGUGUGUGUUACUCGUAAGAGAAAGUGUGUGUGUGUUACUAGUAAGAGAAAGUGUGUGCGUGUUGCUUGGGGGGAAUUGUCUUGUUCUGACCCCAUCGUCCUGGUGUUAAACAACAUGGUUUACCGCUUCAGAACUUGUCCGAUGCUGCAGUUUCUAAAGAUUAAAAAAAUACAUACCUA